AGUCUUUCUGUCAGGAAGGCCACCCAGUUCUCCAUCAUGGCUUGGAUUCUUUUUAUCUUCAUAGGCCUAUCUUUUUUCAGGUCCAGUAUCCAGCAAUUGCAGAGCUUGAAAGAUUCAGAUUUUGUAGCUCCAGGAGGGACAAUCACCACAUCCUGUAGAUAUGACAGUGGAACCAUCACUGACAGCAAUUACCCUGUGUGGGUCCAACAGAAGUCAGAGCAGGUUCCAAGGCUCUUAAUACACAGCACCAGCACCAGACACACAGGCGUUCCAGCCCGUUUCUCUGGCUCCAGGUCAGGGAACACCAUGUCCCUGACCAUCACAGGGGCCUUAGUGGAAGACGAGGCUAUGUAUUACUGUGUUGUCUGGACUGGAAGCGGGCGCACAGUCUCUGAUUCAGAUAGAGAACCAGAGACAGAAGUUAAAGGUGCAAGUGGUUUGCAUGAAGGAACCGAUGCUUUGGGCCUCUGGGGAUUUAAGAGCAAUGGGGUUGACCCCAAGAGGAGAUCCUUUUCCUUCAAGAAGAUGAACGUAUCAAAUCUCCCCCGAAUAAGCAUCAUGUUCUUUCUAUCCAUAUUCCUUGCCACCAUUGAUCUCAGCCUUCAGCAGCUGCAAAGCCUGAAAGAUGCAGAAUCGGUGCCUCUUGGUGGGACGGUCACCCUAUCUUGCAGAUACUCUACUGAAAUCAUCAAUGACAACAAUUACCCUUGUGUCAAACCUUCUGAUGUUCCAGCCCGCUUCUCUGGGUCCAAGUCAGGGAAUGUGAUGUCGCUAACCAUAACAGAAGCCUUGGCAGAAGAUGAAGCCAUCUACUAUUGUUGCGUACACACAGGGAGUGCAUAG